AUGUAUCCUACAGAAGUUCGAGAUGCUACCUUCUAUCAAAAUGCAGCGAAGAAAGACUUGCUGAACAAAUUACGCAAUAGAGAAAACAAACGCGUGGCGAAGAACAUCAUACUUUUCAUCGGAGAUGGUAUGGGUAUGUCCACUGUUACCGCCGCCAGAAUUCGUAAGGGUCAACUCGAGGGUUAUCCUGGAGAGGAGACGGUGCUUAACUUCGAGCGUUUCCCUUAUGUAGGCCUCUCUAAGGUAUACUGUGAGGACGUUCAGGUACCAGAUUCAGCCUGUACCGCAACGGCAUUAUUUACUGGUGUGAAGACCAACUUUGAAAUGUUGAGAUUGGACGCUUCAACAUCACUCAACGAUUCCUGCGUUGACCCAGCAAAGGGAUUACCCGGACUACUUCAGUGGUCACAAGCAGCAGGAAAGUCUACGGGUAUCGUAACAACAUCCAGGAUGACCCACGCCACCCCUGCGGCCAUGUACGCUGUGGCCACAAACCGCGACUGGGAGACAGACACGUUGACACCAGCUGGUUGCAUUGACAUCGCCGAUCAACUGAUCACACUCAAUAGCGAUAUCAAUGUAAUACUGGGUGGGGGAAGUUCCUACUUUAUCCCCUCAGAUGGAAUUAAUCCCGUGACCAACAUCAACGAUUCAAUGCGAACAGAUGAUAAAGAUCUGAUUCAGGCCUGGAUAGAUGACAAAGAAGCGAAGGACGCUUGUCAUAGUGUGGCAUACAACACCGAACAGUUGCAGGCGAUCGAUGCUAACUAUAAAAAAUACAUUCUUGGCCUGUUCAGCAGCAAUCACAUGGACUAUGAAUUAGACCGAGACAAGACACCUAUGGGCCAGCCUAGCAUUGCUGAAAUGACAAAAACUGCCAUACAGUCGCUUAGCAAUGAUGAAGACGGAUUCUUUUUGAUGGUGGAGGGUGCCAGAAUUGAUCUUGCUCACCAUAAGUCAUACGCAAAGAAAGCCAUCCAUGAUGUUCUUGCCUUCGAAGAGGCAAUACAAGUUGCCUUGGAAAGAACUAACCCCAAAGAUACGCUGAUAAUUGUCACCGCUGACCACUCCCAUACGAUGACAAUAAGUGGCUCCCCACGGCGUGGCAAUGCCAUUUUCGAAGCAGACGAUUAUCAAUACGAGGCCCUGAUUGAGAGAAAAAGUGAGACCCAUUCUGGUGAGGAUGUAGCCAUCUAUGCACUGGGUCCCAUGGCUCACUUGUUCACGGGCGUUAUGGAACAAAACGUCAUCUCUUACGCCAUGGCGCACGCGGCUUGUAUCGGCGAUAUAGGAAUUGACUGUAAAACUGGACGCAAAAGGAACUCGAAUAUGUAA